AUGACUGUUCAUCAUGUUUCGGUUGCUAAAUGUAACCCCAGUGUAUCUGAACUGAAUGGCGUUUUGUUCUCCAUGAUAAACAUACUGAAGCUCUAACAUCACUAGUUCUUUUGGCUUUACCUGAAAGAAUGAGAAUGAAGCUUAAGCUUAAGAAUGUGUUCCUUCUUUACUUCGUGGUCUCCCUGCUGGGACUCAUCUAUGCACUCAUGCAGUUAGGUCAGCACUGUGACUGCAGAGAACUUGAGCUACAAAAGGACCGGACUAUCUCCCGAUUAAGGGAAGAACUUCAAAAACAAAUAAAACCAGAGUCAACAAAAGCUUCCAAGAAAUCUAGUUUACCUACCAUCUAUGUAGUUACACCUACCUAUGCAAGGCUGGUGCAGAAAGCUGAGCUGACACGUCUGUCCCACACUUUCCUGCACGUUCCUCAGCUCCACUGGAUCCUGGUAGAGGAUUCUCCCAGUCCAACACCAUUAGUUAGUAACUUUCUAGCUGCAUCUGGUCUGACCUACACUCACCUACACACAAUGACUCCCAAAGAGCGUAAACUACAGGAGGGUGACCCACACUGGCUGAAGCCUCGAGGGGCUGAGCAGAGGAACGAGGCUUUGCGCUGGCUCAGGGAAAGGGCAGAUGCUGAUGGAAGGAAUGGGUUAGCUUUAGAGCAAGCUGUUGUGUACUUCGCAGAUGAUGACAACACAUACAGCCUGCAACUCUUUGAGGAGAUGCGAUAUACACAGAAAGUCUCAGUUUGGCCGGUGGGUUUGGUAGGGGCAAUGAAGUUUGAGCGGCCUGUGGUGGAAAAUGGAAAAGUGGUUCGGUUCCACACAGGCUGGCAACCCAGUCGCCCUUUUCCCAUCGACAUGGCUGGCUUUGCAGUCUCCCUAAAGCUAGUGUUGGCCAAUCCCAAAGCUCGAUUUGAUGGCAAUGCACAGAUGGGCUUUCUGGAAAGCAGCUUUUUACAAGACCUGGUUACCAUGGAAGAGCUGGAGCCUAAAGCAGACAUGUGCACUAAGGUGCUGGUGUGGCACACACGUACUGAAAAGCCAAAGAUGAAGAGGGAGGAUGCACUUAUAAAACAGGGGUUAGGAUCAGAUCCCAAUGUGGAGGUGUGAGCCAAGAACACACUUACACAAAAUGUAUUUUCCCAUUGUGCCAAACUGUGAAUGUUCCCAUUUCUUUUGUACAGGAAAGCUGUUUCAUGUUGACUAGAAAUCACAACUAUAUGUCAGUUUAUUGUGAUUGGGUGUAUGUAUUUGCAUAUAAACUAUUUAUGUUUUUAUUUAUAGUUCAUGGUACAGUGUAGAAUGUACAUACCCAAUUCCAAGAAGUGGGGCAGUAUAACAAAUGGGCAGAUAUGAUUUGCAAAUCCUUUUUGUUCAGUAAUACAAAGACAAUAUUUUAUAAAGACAAGAUAUUUAAUGUUUUAUCCAAUCACUUUUGGAACAGGAUUAUGUUUACUACUGUCUUAUAUACUUCUCCUUUUAACAGUGUUUAGUAAUCAUUUGGGAACUGAGGGCACUGUAGGUUUAACAGUGGAAUUUUACCAUUCCUGAUCGUUAUACAAAUUUCAGCUGUUUCACAGUCCAGGGUCACAAUGGAAGACCGGUCUGGCAACAGGCAGGUCAGUCUAGCACAUGCACUCCUUUUUGCAGUGUGCAGAAAGUGGCUUGCAAAAACAAGCAGGGAUUUAUCUAAAGGCAGCAGAUGCGUAUCUAAAAUGUGCAGUAUUAAUGCAUCAGUAUUAUUGGUGCUGUCCAAGUCAUCUAAGUUUUAACACUAACACACCCCCAUACUAUGAUCAAUGCUGACGUUUGAACUUUUUAAAUGAUUUGCAGGCAUCAAAUUAGUGUACAUUUACAAAACCAAUAAAGUUAAUUAGGCAAAACAUUAAAUGAUUAUUAUUUGUGCUGUUUUCACAUUAAUACAUGUAAAGGCAGUGGGUAAAAUGCAAAUAAAACAAAAAACAGUGAUUCGGAAACUGUCACAACUUUUUUAAAAUUGAGUUUUUAGAUUGACGAUAAGAUUAUGUUUAUGCAUUUGUGGUUUUUUUAAUGCUUAUAAAAUAA